AUGUUUCGACGGGUUGUGCUAUGGGUGUUCUUAGCUGCCCUCCUAGCUUACAUCAUAGAGCUAUGCUUCUAUCGCGCAGACCUUGAGGUGCACAUUGAUGGCGAAAAUGAUGAUGCAUUUGAUGCUGUACGAAAAGCAUUCAGAGAUCAAUACUUACGAAAACUGACUAUCAAAGAACCCCCUAAGGACGGCGGUGAGAAAGAUAGAAAGAUUUGCUCAUAUGAGGUAGAAGAAAGUUAA